UUAUGAAGUUGGAAAAGGGACUUGGACCGCUAUUGUUCUUGAAGUGCUCCGUCUUUAAUCAGCCAAACGGAGCAGGCACUCAAAAACCAACAUUAUUUUAUUUGUACUCCAAAUCAACAUCCUGUUGUCUUUGAAGGUUACGCAGAUUGUCCAGCUACUCAUAUGUUGAGGAGUAGUGAAACUUUUUUUUUUUUAUGAGUGAAAGAAUCGAUGGUUUUCUACAUAUUUAGCAUUAUCAAUGUGUUUUAUAUCGUGAAUGACUAGUAUUUGAAUCUUAUAUUUUGUGCUAAAAGAACAGCAAGGAGGAAAAAAUGGAAAUUAUAUAUAUUAUUCUUUUUGUGUGCUACGCAUGUUAUAGCUUCAGUAGAAAAAGCGUGACUUAUGCUAUGCCUAAGCUUAUAGAAGAAGGAAUGGAUAAAAGCAGUGCUGGUCUAAUAAUUAGUUGUCAGAAUUUGGCAUUUGCCAUUAGCAAGUUUUUCGCAGGAGUCAUGUCCGACAAGGUGAAUCCGAAGCUCAUGUUCGCAUCUGGUUUGCUGCUAGCCGGAAUAGUCACAACCUUAUUUUCAUCUUCAUCGUCGACGCCAUUGUUCUGCGUCUUUUGGUUCUUAAACGGUUUGGCACAGGGAUGCGGCUGGCCAUCGUGUGCUAAGAUACUUAGAGAGAGAGCAGCACCAUCACAGUUUGGAACCUUGUGGAGCAUUUUGUCUUCUGCUUACAAUGUUGCUGGAGCAUUGUCUCCCCUUUUAUCAGCAUACAUGAUCUUAAAUUUCGGUUGGAGAUCCUGUGUAAUGGUUUCAGGUGUUGUCUCAAUCGUCUUGGGGAGCAUACUUCUUUCAUCCUGGUUAUUAUUCGGAAAAGCUACAACACAAUAUUAUUCCACAACGAUUCCAACAAAGAUUUCAUCGCCUGACUUGAAGGAAAAAACUAAAAACAAAAUCGGUGUAAUGGACCUAGCAUUCGAUCCUUUCCUGUGGUUGGUGAGCGUUUCCUAUGGAGUCACAUUCUGUGCGAAAACAGCUACAGUGGAUUGGGGACAAAUGUAUCUAAUUGAAGAAAGAAACCUCUCUCAAUAUCAAGCCAGCGCAUUCACCAGCAGUGUGGAAAUUGGAGGUUUUGUUGGUAGAAUAGCUGCUGGGUAUUUUACAGAUUUCUUCGUCAGACGACAGUUGUCUUCUGCAAAGAAAAACUUGCAAUCUAAACCAACGCAACGCCUAUCUGUCGGUCUACUCUUCAUGCUUGGCAGUCUCAUAUUCAAUCACCUAUUUGUAUUCCAUCUAUCAACUACAUCUUCAACUAUGUGGCUGAGCAUGGUUGGAACAUUAAUGGGAUUGUGCUACUAUGGGCUCAUUGCAAUAUUUGGCAUUUCAUCAUCUGAAAGUGCUCCUUCAUAUCUUAGUGGGACAUCAAACGCAAUAGCUUCGCUAGCUGCAAAUGUUGGAGCAACAAUUUCUGGCCUGCCCUUCAGUUACAUUGCUAAGAUUUAUAGCUGGGAAGCUGUAUUUAUGCUACUGGAAUUGGCUACAUUUUCUGUUCUUGUAAUUAUGUAUUGCUUUAGGAACUUGAAUCCAAAAUUUUUAGACAGGAAGAAAGAAAUGUAGAUUCACAUUAGGCUCAUUUAGCUGUGAAAAAGAUGUAGUAUUUAUUUCAAAUAUGUAAUUCACACAUAUGUAUUUAAUAAAUUUUA